AAAAGAGACUGGGCGUGGAACAUCCCCCAUAUUCUGACAUUUGACAGUUAACCGGAAGGGUUGGUCAAUGGAACAUGGACUCAGAUGGCUCAAGCGUGCUCUGAGUUAGUCUGGAAAUAAGUUGUUAAAUUGUCAGCAAGUUCCUCUCGAUCUAGUUACAGUCUCAAAAUUCCGAAACUUUUAAGAUUAGUGUGAUUCCAGAUUAUUUUAAAAACAUCUUUAAGUUAAUAAUUAUGGAUUCGAGACUAACUUCACUGGCUGAAUGUAUUUGGCAUUUCAAGUUGCUGUUCAUUGUAACAGCCACUGUAACUGGAUUUGAAGUUUCAAUCGAUGUAAACCCCCCAGCCGUGGAAUUUGGAGGUUCCAUCGCGAUGAACUGCAGCACAACAUGUCCAAAACCAACAAUAAAUGUGGAAUAUAAAUCAGGGGUAAACUUUCACAGAAAAAAGGGCAUUACUUGGUACAAUGACUAUUUCCCAAUUGUCCAGCAGUGGGAUUUAACACCAGCAUGUUCUGUGAUGUGUAUCUCUGAGCUGAAGGAGAAGACAGCGAAUGUCCCAGUAUACAAUCGAGAGAUAAGCAUUACAUUACUCCCUGAAGUACUGGAGAUUAACAGAACAUAUAGUCUGGAGUGCAUUGGCCCAAGAGUCUAUCCAAACAACAAACUCAUUCUCACAUGGCUGAGAGGGAGUGAGAUUGUCCAGAGAGAUUCCACAGGUGAACCAGGUCUUCCGGAUGAAGAUAAAAGGUUGAGAAAUGUCUUCAAUUUCGUUGCAAGUCGAUCAGAUGAUGGACAGGAAUACACCUGCUUGGCUGAAGUGGACUUGGGCUCUAAUACCACAAAGUCAAUCACAAACUCUUCUGUCACUCUGCAAACUUACGCUUUCAUGGAUCAGCCUAUAAUUCUGGACAAAAGACCCAAAGAAGUGAAGCAAGAGGUCACAUUAACAUGUGAGGUCUCAAAUGUCUAUCCUGCUGAAAAGAUGAGAGUAAGAUGGUUUCAGGAUGGUGUGGAACUGAACUCAGAUACCACAAGGCCAAAUUCCAACACUGUCCGAAUAACAGCAGCAUGGACACCACAGGAAUCUGGUCUGAUGGAAGUCGUCUGUAUGGCCGAUUUUGAGAAAUAUCCAUCAAUUCCCCCAAAGAAUAAUAGUGCUUUCAUUGAGGUGUAUGCUUUCUCUUCCCCUGAAAUCCAAGUACCAACCAGCCAGGAAGGAAAUCUGGUUAAUAUUACAUGCCUUGUGUUAAAUGUCUCAGGGGAUCUUGAACUCAGACUGAAGAAAGGAAAUGACACAUUAGUGAAUGGAUCAAGCAGUACUGGGCUCACUAUCUCUCAUACAGUAGAAGCUCAAGCUAAGCUGGAUGGACAGCAGUAUAUCUGUGAAGCUGAACUGAAACUUCAAGAUCAGUCAAUGACAAGCCCUGUUAUAAAACAACAGAUUGAAACCCUCCAUGUCCUGUAUGCACCAGCAAAAGCAGAGAUCUUUAAAGCUCAAGAAAACUGGAUUGAAGGGGUAUCACAGAAUUUAACAUGUCAUGGGCAAGGGAACCCAGAUCCCCAGAGGGUCUGGAUCAAAGAUGGGAGAAUGGAAAGCAGAGAAAUACUCUACAUCCCAUCUGUUCAAAUGCAGCAUGGGGGACUGUACGUGUGCACGGUCAAAAAUGAGCACGGAUCUAAAACCUCAUCUCUAAAUGCAACUAUUUUGUAUAAACCACGAGACACAAUCAUGACCAUAUCGGUAAAUAACAAAACCAUAUCAGGAAAUAACACAACCAUGUCAAGCAUUCCAGUAGAAGUUACUAAAGGUGAUGAAAUUACAAUAAGCUGUAAGUCCAAUGGAAGACCCUCACCUACAUUAGAGUGGGUAAACCCCUGUAACGGCAGCAACAUUGAGAUUGGUCCCUCUGGGUUUCUGCACAUUCCGUACGUAACCUCAGAGCAUCAAGGAAUUUAUAAAUGUAGAGCUACCAAUCAACAUGGAGUUGAUGAGAAGGAAGUGGACCUCAGGGUCAAAGGUUUAAGAUGGAUAAUACCAGUCGUGGUGGUGAUAGCAGCAGUAUUGUUGAUAAUUGCACUGAUGGCCUUGUAUUGGAAAUGCAGUGCCCAUAAAAGAGGACAUUAUAAUGUACAGAAUGCAAAACCCAACAAAAAUCUACAGAUCCCCAAUGGGCAUGAACACCAGCAGAAUGUUCCUUUAAAGAAUCUUGACCCAUAUCAUGGUGAAACACUUACAAAUGGAUUGAACCAAUGAUAAAGAUGUUACACGCCCUGACUUUGCAAAAUAUUCCAGUGGUCCUGUUGUACAUGUAGUUACUGACGGGUGCCACUCAUUGCCAUGUUGAAGUCUAUACCAGCUGUAAAGACAACUAGUUACUGACAAUCCUUUCUAUAUUUUUGGCAAUUUUUGAAUUACUGUGGUAAAACUUUUAAUUUGAUCUUCACAAACAGUAGAUAGUCACCUGAACUAUGGCAUUUGGAAAGACUCAUCUCUGUUAACUUCAGAGCUCCAUAAACAUAACUAUUUUCUCACGAGCUGACAUGAAGACUGCGCUAUGUUGAUUUGGUUGUAUAUUGUUUUUUUAUGACGUAUAUUGUAUAAGAUGAUAAAAUGGAAACUACCUUUGAAACAUCGUUAAUUUAAAAAUUCCAUCCAUGUGCUUCAACGACA